CCCUUUAGACAACCAAAAAUAAUUUCUCUGAUAUUAUCUUCCCAGAAAAAGUUCCGUCAAAACCCUAACCCUAAGCUUUCAUAUCUAUUUUCCGGCCACAUCGAGUGCAUCCCAGAUCAUGCUAAAAGAAUGCCUGAGUAUAAUUCUUAAGAGGAAAACUAACAACGUUGAAGCAAUCAUUCAGAGACAAACUUGAUCAGAAAUAAGCCACUUUGUAUAAAGCCGAUUUGUAUCAAAGGUUUUCUUUUGCAAUUAAAACCCUGAAUUACUGAGCCGGAAAGCACAAAAUUCUGGGUUUCAAUGGUGUACAAGGGAAAGAGAGUUGGUACAAACAACAGCAGCAGCAACAAAAAAGGAAAAACAGAAAAUUCUUGCAAAGCCACGAAAGUUGAAGAAGAGAAAGAUGUGGUUAGGAAUGACAACAGCAGCACGAUUAUGUGUCAAUUUACAGACCCGGAAGGAGUACCUUUAGGAACUUGUAUGUAUCUUCCACACAAUGCUGGACCUCUUCAGCUUCAACUACUAGUCAAUAAGCUUCUUAAUAAUGAGGAAAAGUUACCGUAUUCAUUUUAUGUAUCAGAUCAGGAGCUUAUAGUGCAGCUAGGAGCGUUUCUAGAGAAAAAUAAAGUUUCUGUUGAGAAGGUAUUGAAGAUUGUUUAUCAACCUCGAGCAAUUUUUCGUAUACGUCCAGUCAAUCGUUGUUCCGCCACUAUUGCUGGUCAUGAAGGCAAGGUUAUUACUGUUGCAUUCAGCCCUGAUGGCAGACAACUAGCUAGUGGUUCUGGUGAUAAAACGGUUCGUUUAUGGGAUCUUACUACUCAGACCCCAUUAUACACUUGUAGAGGUCAUAAACACCAUGUUCUUUGUAUGGCAUGGUCUCCUGAUAGUAAGCAUCUUGUUAGUGGUAGCGAGGAUGGAGAAAUUCUAAGCUGGGACACACAGACAGGAAAGCAAUUAGGAAUGCCAUUCAAAGGCCACAAAAAAUGGAUUACUUCCAUAUCAUGGGAGCCUUUACACUUGAGUUCUCCAUGCCGCCGCUUUGCAACUUCAAGUAAAGAUGGGGCUGUACGUGUUUGGGACAUUUCAUUCAGAAGAUGUGUUUUAUCUCUUACCGGACUCACGGAUGCAGUAACUUGUGUUAAAUGGAUAAAUUAUCACAGCUCCCAUGAUAGAACAAUUAAAGUAUGGGACACAACACAAGGAAAGUUAAUUCGCGAACUGAAGGGGCACGCACAUUGGGUGAACUCUCUUUCAUUGAACACCGAAUAUGUGCUCCGCACAGGAGCAUAUGACCAUACUGGAAAACAGUAUUCAUCACCUGAGGAAAUGAAAGAGGUAGCUCUUGAGAGGUACAAAAAAUUGAAAGGAAAUGCUCCCGAAAGACUGGUUUCAGGAUCUGAUGAUAAGACCAUGUUCCUUUGGGAGCCUCCUAACCGCAAACCAGUGGAGCAGUUGAUGGGACACCAAGAGGUUGUGAACCAUGUUUACUUCUCCCCGGACGGUCAAUGGAUAGCAAGUGCAUCGUUUGACAAGUCAGUCAAGUUGUGGAAUGGUACCACUGGGAAUUUUGUUGCAACUUUCCACGGACAUGUUGGAUGUGUGUAUCAGCUAAGCUGGUCUGCUGAUAGUAGGCUUCUUUUGAGUUGUAGCAAGGAUUCUACGCUGAAGGUUUGGGACAUCCAGAAGCUAAAUUUAAAGCAGGAUCUUCCAGGUCAUGAUGAUGAGGUUUUUGCUGUGGAUUGGAGUCCUGAUGGUGAGAAGGUAGCCUCAGGAGGUAACGACAGAAAGCUGAAAUUAUGGAUGUAGUAGAGAUGAAGGAAGUCAGGCUAAUACCAUUGCUUACUAAAUCAUGCCUAAAUUGGUAUUUGUACAAAUCCAGUCAAAUCCAUAUUUUUUGUUGAACAAAAUUUACUCAUAGUUCUUUCACCGAUGAAUUUUAAUCUUCAUGUUUCUA